CAAACAACUAACUGUGGCAGCAAAAUUACUUUGCUUGGUUGCAAGUUGGACGAAAUUGUGUACUAAAUGGGAAGAUAUAAAUGUGCCUACAACUGCGAUAACUCCGGCGAUUCAGAUGUCAAGUUUUUUAAGUUUCCCCUCUACAAUAACCGAAAGCUCAAGAAAUGGCUCGCCAACAUGAAGUGGAAGGACUGGACCCCGUCGCGCUUCUCCGUGCUGUGCAUCAAUCAUUUUGAGGAACAGUACAUUGACAGAACCGGCAAAUCUGUGAAACUUCGAGAAGAUGCAGUUCCCACCAUAUUUCCAUCCCCUGAUGACACAGAGAAAAGAACGCCAACUGCAGCUAAAGCCUCUCAGACGAGUCCAACUAAGUUUCCAGUGGCGGCUUCUGCCGCAGCAAAGCGACGCGUCCAGAACAAAGAGCCUGACCAGCAGGUAAAGCGAAGCAUCUGGAACGAAGAGCCCGACCAGACCGAAGAGCCUGCUGGAGACAAAGAACCAAACAGUUCUGACAGAUGGAGGAUUAUAGUAGAUGAAGGGUUGAUGAAGAUUGAGUCAUUUCCACAUUUCUUCCAUGGAGACUACUGCGUACCACAGAAUAUUCAGUGGGCUCCAGAUGAUAAUGUACAUGCAGAAUGUGAAGAUCCUGAAAAUGUGAUAGAGGUGAAAGAGCCGUGGCAGUGGCUCGGUCUGGACGUCAGAGGGCCGCUGCCCCAAACGCUGAACGGACACAAAUACAUUUUGACGGUGACGGACUACUUCUCCAAGUGGGUGGAAGCUGUGCCGAUGCAGUUGUGCCUCCCGUCCCAUGUGGCAAAGCACAUUGUGGACAUCAUCGGCCACUUUGGAUACCCACUAAGAUUCCUCUCCAGGCUGCCUCAUGACAUCGUCCACAAAAUCAACAGAGAACUGAAAGAUCAGCUGAAAGUCACAAUGUUGCUCGUCGUCCAUCAUCAGCAGACAGGCACUGCGGAUUUGAUCACACAGCAGCUGAUUGACAGGAUGGUCAGUGAUCUAGUAGACGAACACGCGGCUGACUGGGAUGUCUACCUGCCUGCCAAGGUUUUCAGUCUGUGUUUCAAAGAACAUUCGAAGACCAAGAAAAUGCCCUUUUCCGUGCUCUGCUGUAAAGGACUGGAGCCAAUCCAGUCCCCCAGAGGACUGAAUUAUGCUUAUUCCAAGAUCCGAGAGAGCACCUUCGUGGUUAGAUAGAGAUUUGAAGUUUGUUAGGUCAAUUGAUGUGGAAAUCAAACUGGGCUUGGUGUUAUUAACACACCAGGCAGAAGGAGUAUUUUUCUGUGAUGGAAGCACAUUCACUUUAUCAAGGAUCGUCAUGGAAAGUGCUGGAAUUCUACUAUACUUCAUGGCCACAGUGGGAACGUGGUAAUUCUGAUAUUUGGACCAGGAUGAGGACUUUGCUGACUUGACAGAUAUGGCAGAUAAAGCUGCAGCUUUCUACAGGGUCCUCCGCUUUACCAAGGACUCAGUGUCAUUUUCAACCUGCUCUUAAUCCAACUGCGUUGUCACUUUUGCUCAUUUUAAUUAUUUUUUGUCCAUCAGCUCAGUAGAAGGCCAUUUUCAGUCUUGUUUCAUAUUAUUCUAUGUAAUGUUUUAUUUCAGAUGUCGGCAUUGUGCUACAGUUGUCUUAAAAAUGCUCAAAAAAAGAAGCAAGCCCCCAAGCAGACUGGCUUUGUUUGUCAGUUGGUCCCCCGACAACAAGCCCUGAAGUGAUUUUCUUAAGCAAAUGUAAGUCAGUAGUCCAUACAGUCCAAGCAUUUAAGUCGGCAAAUUUAAGGCUGCUGUGGCCAAUUGUUUGUUGUAAAAAAUGUAAAAGGUCAAUAAACAUGAUUUAAAUAAGAACAGCUUUGAUUACACGUGCAGUAUGCAAAAGGGACUAUGAAUAUA